UUUCUAGGUAUAAUAUUUGUUCUAUCUAUACCCUUAUCGCAUGCUAUGAUUCCUGUGAUCCCUCUCUUAAAUCACGUCAUCACACAACUAUUUCCCGCGUUUAUCGUAACUGCAUAUUUGUCUGUAUUUCUGACAAGCACAGAUCUUUAUACUAUUUAAUCUUAUUUUUUUAUCAAUUAUCAAGGUUAUGAUUUUACUUUCAUUCAACAUUUUGUAUUUGACGUCUCGUUAUCCUUGUAGCUAUUUCGGUUUUGAACAAGUGUCAUUAAAAAGUGAAAUGAUAUUGUGCAUUAUUAUUUAUGAUUUGUUAAAAAGUGCAUUGUUCUCGCCAUUUGUUCGCGCCAUCUGUAAUGUCUUUUUAUAACAAAGUAAGUACAUGUUUGUUGCAAAUUGUUGUUUGCAUAAUUUUGACAAGUGCAGUUUUUUGUGCAAUAUCUAGUAAGUGUAACGUCAUAUCACAAACAUGAGUUCCGCCCAGGCCUGGUAUACAAUGCAGGACGUAUUGGAGGAUCUGUCUGUGAUGGGACAGACGACUGACUUGGACGCCAGUUUCAUUGUGAAAGGAGAGAGGCCCCCGCCAACUUAUACUAGCGUAGAGGAUGAUGAUGAGUUUCAACUUCUAUUUAACGGGGCAAUAUCUAACGAUGUGCCCAAUGACAGUGUGGAACCAGAUUUGAAGGGCAUUGCGGAUUUAUUACGUAUGGUCGAACACGACGAGUCUAGUUCACGUGAAUCUCCAGCUGACAUAUCAAUUAGUAAAUUGAAUCCUAACAUUAGCGAAUUCGCACCUAAAGAUGGAGAGUUUCAACCUCUCCCUAAUGGGGCAGUAUCUAAUGAUAUACCCAAUGGCAGCGUGAAGCCAGAUUUGAAGGGCAUCACGGAUCUAUUACGUAUGGUCGAGGACAACGAGUCUAGUUCACGGGAUUCUCCAACUGAUGUUAUAUCAAUUAGUAAAUUAAAUCCUAAUGUUAGGGAAUUUGUACCUAAUGGUAUAAUUGUUCAGAAUAAUACUAGUGAAAAUAACAAUAAAGUUAAAAGUGCAGUGAGUAAUGUUAACAGAUCAUUGGCUGAUGAUGUAGGUGAGGAAGAUUAUACAAAAACACAUAGUGAAGCAAGUAACGUUAAUAAAUCAUUAAAAAACAAUGUAAAUAGCAGUUUGAAACAUGACGUUAAAGCUCAAGCGAAUGAUUUUACCAAAAUAUUGGGCAACAAGAUUGACUUAUCAGAAUUAAAACCUAAAGACAUAAAUGACGUAGCAGAUAAAUUAAGAGAUAAAAUUAGCGAUUCGUCAAGAGCAGUUACUCCACAACAGAAAAAGGAGAGAAAUGUCGCUAUAACUGCUCUCUUGAAACUGUAUUCAGCAAAACUUGAUGAUACGGCCCAGUCCAAAACGGACGAUCAUGAAAACGAGCCGUUGAAACUUGUGACGCCUGACUUCUUUGUUAAAAAUGAAAAAAGUGAAUACACCUGUAAUAAAACAUCUGAAGACGAAGAAGAUUCAUAUGAAGAAUCUAUCCACAAUGAAAAUGUAAAAGAAAACAUUACUAAUGAUCGUACCUCAACAGACUUCUGUGUACCUACAUCUGUAGAUUCUAGUGUGCAAGAGUCUAUAGAUAAAGUGAACACAUGGUUCAAUGAUUCAAAAUCUUCGCCGGUCAAACGACCGAUAGUGUCAUUCGAGCCACCUAUAUUUAAAAAGAAAGAACAAAGAAAUAUCCAGUCGCCAAAGCCUGAUGCCGACCAGAUGUGCAGUAAAGGAACUUCUAGCCAUUCCGCUUUAUAUAAACCCUCAAAAUACGCUGAAGAUUUGUGUAAAAUAUAUACUAAGCGAACUGAACAAAGAAAUAACGAGUCUCAAAAUAUUUGGACCAAAUUGGAAGCGCAGCUGAGAGCUAAAGACGAGAAAUUAAAAAAGGAAAAAGUGGAGGAACAAAAUGGUAUAUGAAUGUGUAUCAUAUUCGAUAAACUUUUUUAUUAAGUUAAUGAAAAUGUUUUAGCCUCUUGUGUUCUCUGAUUUGUCUAUGACGGAAUGAAAUUUGCACAGGAUACUCAAUAAGAUACUAUUUAUUAAUACUAGAUUAAGAUAACAUAGGCAAUGCUAGGCAGUGGUUAAAUAGGAAUUAAUAUUGUCUAUAUAUAUGGCGUCAUGAUCCCCUUGUCUUUUUCCAUUUGUGGUCGGCGCAGUGUUUUUACUUCCACAAAUCCCUGUCAACUGUCAUUUCCGGGGUCACUCCGCUUUUAUGCAUAUCUCUUUCAUCUUUCAGACAGUCCAUCUACCUUUUCCUCGGUUGUCCCCUUCCUUUACAUCUAUCCAUUCUCAUAUUUAACAUUUUCUAUAUACAAUAUAAAAAAUGUUAAAUAUAAAAAUGUAAUAUUUAGGGGAUUGGAGCGCCAUCUAUUAAAAAUUUACCUAUUGUAAUUUUGCUUAACGCUGUAUGGAAAAAAAAAGUCUAAUAUUUAAAAAACAAAUCCAGUUUUCCCUCACGCAUUUAUAUUAAAGAAAAUCAUGCUAAGGAAGUGUUAGAAGUACGAAAACAGUUACAACUCAAAAUGGAUGAAGAAAGGAAAAAAGGAAGUUAUAUAAUGGAAAAAUUAAUAGUAAAGAAACCAAAAGAUACAAAUAGAGAGAAAAGAAAACGUGAGAAGAUGGGGUCUUCUAUUACAGAAGUACAAAAAAGUUAAACAUAAAAACUGCCUCGCUAGAAAAACUAUUUGCUUCAAGCUCAAAAGAAAUCAAACCAAAUAAAUUAUUUAAUUACGUAAGAGGAAGAUAGGUAUUAGUGUCAGAAACCCUAAAAAAAACUAGUCACCGAUAUGAUAAUCUAGAACCAAAGCAAAGAAAAAUCUAUAAAUAUAUAUAAACAAACAUUUGAGAGAAUCGCACCCCAAGCUGCCUUGUCACCGUGGCGGAAUACGACUUCUACCCUCUAAGUAUUCCAGUUAAAACACCAUUACACAAUAAAGAAAAUAGGAAAAAGAUAAUGUCACAAUAUAUAUUGCAACAAAUAACACCCCCUUAUUGCGUACUAAUGAAAGCUUAGUGGAAUUGAUGUCAGCAUUGGAAAAAAUAAACUGGACAAUAGUUGGAAUGAGUGAAGUUAAACGAUUGGGCGAAAGUGUAGAGGACCACAAGCAAUUUGUAUUUUAUAAUAAAGGAAACACGCCAGGACAAUAUGGAGAAGGAUUUUUGAUAAGUAAAGAACUAAAAGACUUUACUAGAUGAACUCAUUGGUAUAUAAGAACGUAUUGAAAUAGUAAAUUUAACUUGACUACACACCAAUAUGAAGUUGUCAAUCAUACAUGUUUACUCGCCAACAGAGCAAUACAACAGUACAGAAAUCGACUCUUUCUACUUCAUGCUUACAAAUGCAAUACGCAAAUAUAGGCAUAAAAAUUAACUUAAUCGUGAUAUUUAAUGUCAGAAUUGGGAAUAGAAAAGAUGGGGAAGAACUGGUAUUGGGGCCUUAUUGUUCAGAAAAGGGAACUAGAAAGGCGAAAAACUGAUUAUUAGGUGGGCAUGGAUAUCCCCUGAUGAUUAUAUAAAAACGAGAUUGAUUAUAUAUUAACCAGUAGGAGUGGAGAUUUUCAAGGCUGUAGGACCAUAAAAAGUAAUAAAAAUCACAGAAUGGUGAAAGCAAAAUUAAGACUAAAAAUAAAUAAGUAUAACAGAGAACACAGUGGACUAUAUUCAUCAUUAUACUGUUGCACAAGAAAGGGGUCAUGUAAUAUGAAUAAUUAUAGACCCAUAAGCAUUAUGUCGAACAUAUAUAAAAUCUUUAUUAAAGUUAUUUUAAACCGCAUAAUCAAACUAUUAGAUGAAAACCAACCAAGGGACCAAGCAGGUUUCACGAGUGGAUAUUUAACUUUAGACCAUAUAUUUUUUUUACAACACGAGGCAAACGAGCAUUCGGCUCACCUGAUGGUAAGUGACCACCGUCGCCCAUGAUCACUCACAACACCAGCGGCAUUGCACGUGUGCUGCCGGCCUUUUGAAAAAGGAAUAUACUCUUGAAGGUUAUGUUGUCGUAUCGGUUCGGAAAUACUGCUGCUGGAAGUUGAUUCUGAAGAAUGGUUGUGCGUGGAAGAAAGUGCCUUGAAAAACGCACGGUGGAAGACCGCCACUCGUCCAGAUGAUUGGGAUGAAACUAGUUUGUGGCGAGUUGUACGGUGGUGAAAAUCAGCAGUAGGUAUCAAUCCGAACAAUUCCUCAGAACACUCCCCAUGAUAAAUUCGGUAGAAGAUGCACAGAGAUGCAACAUCUCUGCGCAGUUUCAGUGGGUCAAGUCGGAGAGUUAGGCGUUGAAUAUCGAUAAUUCGAGCCGCUCGGCUUUGAAUGCGGUCUAACGGAAGGAGUUGGUACUGUGGCGCUCUUGCCCACAGGUGAGAACAGUAUUCCAUAUGCGGCCUGACUUGAGCUUUAUAUAAUUUCAGGCGGUGUUCCGGCAUGAAAUACCGUCUCACCCUAUUGAGCACUCCUAACUUUUUGGAAGCUAUCUUAGCCCUCUCCUCCAGAUGACCGCAAAACUGGACGUCGCAAAAUAUAUCAACGCCCAGAAUUUCUAGACUCGACUUUUUAUCAAGGGAAGUGCCCUGAAAGUGAGGAGAUACGACAAACGGCGUCUUUUUUGCGGUAAACGCGCAGACUUGUGUCUUUUUAGAGUUAAAUUGGACAAGAUUUUGUUUAUCCCAGAUCGAAACUUGAUGGAGUGAAGUUUCGAUUUCAGACACAAGUCUAUUCCGGCACUCAUCGGUAUGUGCCCGCGAGAUCUUUGCAUGGCCGGUAUAUAAUGCAUCUCCUGUACUGUCGUCUGCAUAGCAAUGAAUAUUACUGAUCUGUAACAUAUCAUUGAUAUGCAGAAGAAACAGAGUCGGAGAUAGUAUACAGCCUUGCGGGACACCAGCAUUCAAAGGUUUUAAAUCAGAACAUGCUCCGUCGACUACGACCUUAAUGCUACGUUCCUUGAGAAAACUGGCAUAUUCAUGUUGUCAAGCAACUUUUCGAACAAAGUAAAAAAUACAAUAUCAGCUUUUACUGCUGCUGCGUAAGACAGACUUGAAGCUUUCGACACCCUCGAGCAUGAAGUAAUUUGGCGUGUACUUUAAAACCAGGGUAUUGAUAAUGAAGAAGUCACAAUAUUAAAAAACAUAUAUGCAAACAGUAAAGUAUAAAAAAGUAAAGGUAAAACUAGAAAAAGAAGGGUACAAAUUCAAAAUAGAAAGGGGAGUAAGACAAUGUGACCUCAUAUCACCUAAACUUUUCACUGCAGUUUUAGAAGAGGUCUUUUCUAUUGUCUAUAAGAAAUGCUUAAUGAAUUAAGAUAAAGAAUGCCGAAAAUUAGGCUUGGUUAUGAACAAAGAGAAAACAAUUAUGACAAAUGGAACAGAAAAUGAAACGAUCAUCAAAGCAAUUGACUAUGUAGACGAGUAUGUGUGUUUGUAUCAAAUAAUUUCACCAAAAGACUUAACUACAAAAGAGAUUGAAAAACGUAUAGAAUUUGCUUGAAAACGAUUUUGGAGUUUAAAAGAAAUAAAAGCAAAAUGACAAACGGUCUUAAAAGGUACACUAUUUGAUACCUGUAUUAUACCAGUUCUUACAUACGGUUGCCAAACCUGGGCCCUUACUAAAUCUCACUUUCAACUACAAAAUUGCCAGAAUGCCAUAAAAACUAAAGAUGUUACAGCCAUACUUCGCACCGGCGUCAUUUCGGGUUGCGAGACUCGGCUCGCAGUGAGAGAGAGGGGAAACGCUGUGAUGCAAAGCACCAUACGCUCUCUUAAGACGUCUUUCAGAUGAAAUAGAAACAAUUGUCGGAAACGAUAUACACUUUGUCUACGUAUUCAUCGCCGAAAGGUCACCAAGAAAUAUAAAACCACUAUGCCAAAUAAGUCAUUUACAUUAAUGACUAAUUUUAAUAAAACAUGAGUUUGCUUAUAUACAAGCACACUAAUUUAUUUAGAGCGCGUUCUAACUUUAUUCAACGCCAUCUAGUGGCACGCAGUCAAACUAACCUUGACGGAAAUUAUGUGAUAUUAAAUUUACAAAAUUCGCUUUAUUAAAAAAAUCCGUAAAGUUAAAAGUUUCAAGGAAUUAAAGUAUUUGUUAAUAUUUGUUUUGACACUAAUUUGAAAUGUUAAUAUAUAACGAAUUGGCAACCCCGCCUACGCUUUCGAUAUACGCUGAUGGGCCACCAUUGAAAGAUGACGGUCAAGUAUAAAAUUAUUGCUAAGACCUCUAUUUUUGUUUUAUAAGUGCAAUUCUAUUAUUUAUUGUUUUGCACAUAAGAAAUAAGUAAAUGGUGACCUACGGAACUGAAACAUGGUCCUACAAGGUUGACCGCAUGCAGAAUUAUUAUUCUUAUAAAGUCUAAGAGAGGGUAAAGAUGAAUUAAAGCGACAUCUGCUGCCUCCGUUUUCUCUUUAACGCAGCUGUUCUAAAAAUUCCUAGGCCGUGCCUAAUAGCGAUAAAAAUCUCUCGUCCAAUAUAACGACAUCCUUUUUUCCCAUCUCCCUCACUCUCUUUCCUUUCUCCCCUCUUUUCGUAGAGAGAAGAGAAGCCCUACUCCACUACCACCGAUUCAAACAAGAAAAAGAUCCCACGGCAACCUACACACAACACCUGUGUAUGUGGGCUUAAAAACUAAGCGACUCGAAAACCAUAGCCUCCAGAGAAAACACCGGGUUAAUGGGGUUCGCCCUGACGCCUCCACCUCACCCACCGUACACCAUCAAAGCGGGUAACCAGAUGACCCGGAAUGAUUGUUUUAAAAAACAUCGUGUAAUGCAUAUACUGUACUGUCUAGUAUACCAUGCAGGGGGGAAAGGGAUUAUUAGUAAUGGGGUCUAAUUGACCCAUUGCUAGCAAUACACCCUAUCAGGUCUACCUACACGUGAUCACCCCUGGAAACCAUUGUACUGAAUUCCAUGUAUAUUCAUCACGAUGAGCUAACUUAUCUGCCUUUUCAUUCUCACCUGUCAUACUCCACUGGUGCCACGCCAACGUAUACUGUUAGCGCAGGCGGGGUUACCAUUUUAUUAUACUUAUAUUGAAAUGGUAACCCCGUUAUUUACUGAUAAAUGUAUGCGUCGUGCAAUAAAAAUAUUCUGUCAUUUAACGUAAAUGUAUGUACAUUAGAUGUAUAAGUUAAGCAUUGUCUCUCGAAUCUGGAAGGAACUGUACAUGUGAUGUGAAAAUGUGUUUAGUUAAGAUAACCAGAGGGAGACUUUGUACAAAAGUCGUUUGUUCGGGUACCUUUGUCUCAUUCGUGUUUCAACCGUGAAGUAGUUGUGUUUGCAUGACUGUGUUUCGGUUUGAAGGGAGGGAUAUGGCAGUGAAUAUUAUACUGGAUACAGAGGAAUAACACCUGAGUCCUCAGGAAUGGCAACGCAUGGGGGGUAUCAUGGGCGAAACAGUACACUCUGUUAUGUCCAUGGUACUGCUUAUGUCUAUAGGUGACGGUUAUCACUUUCCAUCAGGUGCGCCGUCAGCUUGUUUGUCAUUCAAGUUGCAUAAAAAAAAGAUGGUUGAGAUAUGUAAUUAAUUAAGACUUAUACUUCUUGAAGAUGCAAAAUGAAACAGAAGUGACGUGAUCGGGAAAAUUAGAUGUAUAUUUUUUAAUAAUUAUACAAAUGUAACUUUCAAGUAACUUGAAUUUGGUCAUGUUCACUACAAGGUCCUGAGUUGUAGUGGCGUAGUGGCUCGGGAUUUUGAGCUCCCUAAAAUAUGGCUGAGCAAAAUGAUUGCUUGCUCACCCAUCAUAUUUCAGACCUGGUGCUGCUUAUUUUUUUUUAAUACGACUUAGAAUGGCAAACAAGCUGACGGCCCACCUGAUGGGCCGUAUAUUUGAAUAAAGAAUAUUCCUAUUAUAACGCUGGACGAUUCCAAAGGCUAUGGUAAUAUUCUAGUUAAUAGGUAUACAAUGUGAUAAUGUAAUUUUUAAUAUGUACAUAAAGUAAGGGAGCUACUCACACUUAUUCAGCUCCAUUCGCAUUUCGCUGAACGAUUUUGGUCACAUUUCAACAGCUCUGCUUCUAUCAGCCGCGUACAGCGUCGUAAGAAUGAGAAAAGCCGUCAUAGCGUGCUUUCUCCGCUGAAACGCUUGUCUACUGCGUACGGUGUUGAAUAUGCUGCAUUUCGUAAAAAUAAAAUAAUUAUAAUUACUAUAAAAUACGUCUGUACUCAUUAAUCCUUGAGUACAUAAUGAUUACGCAAUAAUAAAUCAAAUCAAUGCAGAAACAAUACAGGUCGCAACUUGUCGACAAGGAGUCGAGAAACAUACCUGUAAAGAGCUGUUUCGCCGCGUUAGACGGUGAAUGCGGCGGUGUUUCGCCGCGUUCGACGGUGAAUGCGGCGGAACAACGCUGAACGCUCUCUAUAGCAUUCGCAUGAUAAAUACACAUUUAUCCUCAUUUUAUACUGGAUUGCCGCAAAAGCAGAAUAGACGCGGAAAGCUAAAUGGAUGCGUACAUGUCUCCAUAUAAAAUCGUUGUUUUCUAUGAACAAAAGCGGAAUAGAGCUGAAUAAGUGUGAGUAGUCCCUAAGUGUUCAUUAUUCUAGAUGUCCAUUUAGGUAAUUCUCUCAAUUCUAUUAUGAAGUUUUUCUAAAAAGACAGACAUUUUGUUGUAUGCUCAAGCGAUAUUCUCUAUCUUUCAAAUUUUGUAUUUGAUAUUACAUCAAAUUCACAAUUCUAAAGAUCAUUAUGGAUUUAUAAUAAUAUGGAAUUCCUUAAUACUAUUAUUCCGGCUUAAUAAUAGUAUUAAGGAAUUCCGGUUUAUAGUGCAUUACUGCAGCGGACAGCAACUGAGGCAUUGAUGGACGAACGUGCAAAUGUGUUAUGGCUUAAAUGGGUUGGUGCAUAUGAAAUUGCCGAUUGCGUAACAAUGUAAAACAGUGGGCGCGUAUUACUGAACACGUUUUGACUUGUUCAUUUUUGUUAUUGUAAGCAAAGCAUCCACACUUGAUUAAUAUUUGAAACACCAUCAGAGGAUUCAGAUGUAAGACGUGAUUUACAUUUUUCUUUCUUACCAUGGAUUCGAAAAAAAUUAGAGGUAACAUGUUUUAUGAGUUCAGAGGUCGAUUAAAUGCAUGAAACAGCAAAAAAAAAUGGGGGAUUAGGGGAGAAUACAUUUUCUGAAAGGACAGUGAGAAAUUGGUUCCGAAAAUUUCGUUCUGGAGUAGAGAAUUCUGAAAAUGAGCCUCGCGGUCGACCUUCGCGCUUCAAGUUCUUCAAGUUUUACAACAAUUAGUGGAGUUCAGUGUACAUAUAAUAAUGCAUAAGCACACGAGAACUUACACAAGAACUGGCUGUCCAUCAUACAACUGUUGUACGAGACCUCAGACAAAUUGGUAAAGUAGAGAAGCUUGAUCAGUGAUAUCAAAAUAAGCAAAAUCGUUUUAUCAAUACAUCAUCUCUAUACCAUCGACAAAUAACUGAACCUUUUUUUGACCAUACAGUGACAUGCGAUGAAUAGUGGGUGCUUUAUGAUAACACACGACGAUCUGCAUCAUGGUUAGAUACAUACUUAGAUACACUCUUAGAAGUAAUGAUGUUUGGCCCCAAAACACAAACUUCACCCUCGAAAAGUUAUGCUUACUAUAUGGUGGUCACAAAAAGGCGUUAUCCAUUAUAACUUUUUGCCACAAGGUGAGAUAAUGAACGCCCAAAAGUAUUGUGUCGAACUGCAAAAGGUGCAUGGAAAAUUAAAAGAGAAAAAGUCAUAAUUGGUUAACAAAAGUGGUGUAAUCCUGCUUCAUGACAACGCUGGACCACAUGUUGCGCAAAGCGUUAAUAAAAAAAAGUAUAAGCUGGAAUAUGAAGUUUUAUCGCGCCCACCAUACUUGCCCGAUGUUUCUCCAACAAGUUCCCAUAUGUUCAGAAGUUUUGACAGUUUUUUGAAAAACAAGAAAUUUACAUCUGAUCAAGAUAUACAAAAUGCCUUGUCUGAAUUUGUUUGAUUUAAAAAAAGAUUGUUUUUUUUUUUAUAAUGGCGUAAAUUCUUCGGUAUAUCGUUGGUUGUUAUGUAUUAAAGCCAAUGGUAAUUAUUUUGUCAAGAAUAAAUAUUUUUUAAAUAAAUUAUUUUGUGCUUUUGAUCUUCUGUUUAAAUCGGCAAUUUCAUAUGCACCAACCCCAAUACUUUAAUAUAUUUUGUAAUAUGAGCCAUGUUACGUUAUGACAAGUAUUUAUAAUACCCAAAUCAAUUUGUUCCCCAGAGGAAAAGGCUAAGGUCAGAGACCAUGCUGCUAAAUCUUAAAUGUUUAAACUUUAUACAGAAUUUUAUAUAUUGUUUUUCAGAUGUGAUAUAAAGUUGAUAAUAUUUAUUUAUCUAAAAUUUUUUUUAUGUUGAUUUUUUUAUUAUAUCAAGUUCUAGCUGUUGUAAGGCUUGCAGUUACGUUAAGCAUAAAAUAUAAUGAAUAUAAAUUUAUUAUUAAAAUUAUGUAUCCACAUAUUUUUUUGUUCGUUUAUAUCUAAUAUAAAUACUAAUAAUGUAAUGAUAGUUUAAAAAUAAUGUUGAAAGCAGAGCAUUUUUUUAAAUUAUCAGUCUGUAUUAUAUUAUACAAUUAUUAAAUUGUUUUUUUAAAACUGUCAGAUAAUUGCUAUGUUGACACUUGACUCAUUCGUCAUACUCGUGAACGGGUGUUGCUUGUAGGGACUGACUGUUCAAGAUUCGAAUUGAGAAUUUUUGUAUUGAUUGAAGAUGGUAAAAAAAUUUAAUUUUACUGAAAAUUUUGAAGAAAAUAUAAAAAUUACAAGUA